AUAUUCAAUUGUUUUUUGAUUCUAUCAACUAAACAAAUCGAUUAUUUUUAUCAUUUAUAUAAAUGUUCUACGGUUCGAAGAUUCACGAAGCGUUAAUCGUUAAUAUGUCUGUUGCAUUGGUAAAUUUAUCAAACACAUGGUAACAACAUUAUAUGGUAAAAAAGGAAAGUGUAUGUUAUAUAAAAAUAAUAAAAACGUCUGUUAUCUCGAAACCUGUUAUCUACGCGCAGUAGCAAUCCUAAUUAUACAAGCCAAAAAAUAACCAACGAAUAAAAUGUUUCAAUAAAUUGUUACUUACUGUUGUCAUUAUUAAGAAAGAUGUGAGAUUUUAGGAAAAAUGUUGUGAUAGAAAUUUUCUUGCUUUCGAAAUUUCAAUUCGAGAGAAUUUUUCAUUUCCCGUUGUAUGAUGAUGUAUUAGCACAGCUUUGCCUUUAUCCUGUAUUCCUCAUAUGCGUCAAAUAAGUCACAAGGAUAUAUAUUAUGUCAAACACGAUACAAAUACGAUUUCUGUAAAGAUAUCACCGUACAGACGUAGAGUGAUAAUCUUUUUUUCCGAUACUUUGAGAAAAAGUGCGAAGCAAGUGGGGGCGGAAGUAGUUAAUCGGUAAUUUGUGUACACUGUUUGCUGCACUUUGUGACACAGAACAUGAAUAGUCCGUGAAAUUAGAAAAAAGACGAUAUAAUCGAAGCGCAUUCGAACGAAAUGAUGUUCGAAUUGUCAAUAGAUACGCAUUCCUUUGGAUAAUGAGGGAUGCCCAACCUACAUUCGCUCGUCGUACGACGAGCUCCACUAAUGGAUAUGGGUACUGCCACCAGCUCUGUGACAUCUGUAAACCCUUCUACCAAAAUUGCAACCAAUCAGAAAAAGGUUGAAAAAUCCAAUAAAUUAACUGGAGUCAGAUUGCCAUUGCUACGCAAAGAAGCGAGCGUUGUAAAUCUUUCUCUAACUGAAAGGACAACAUUAGGAAAAGGAGUAGAUGCGCCUUUACUUAGACCCGAAAGUAGUGCAAGUUUGGAAGCUCGUGGUAGUAGUUGGUUGAGCUUAGGACCAGGUGUGUUGAGAAAAUGUGAAACUGCAGUUGGUUUGAGUACUUCAGCUUUAGAAGGCAGACCUAUAAAUCGUAGUCGAGUAUGCUCCCGAUGCUCCAGUUUGUUAUCAUUGGCAUCAAGUUCACGUUAUAGUUUGGCCGCAGGCAAUUUUGUUCCUGCAGGUUCUCAACAAGUGCUCGGACGCAUUUUUUGUAAAUUAUGUCUUGUUGAAACUUCUCUUUCCAAAACAUUUAAAAUAGAAGCCUGUGGUUGUUCCUACUGUAAAGAUUGCAUGAAAGCAUACAUUGAAUUUGAAAUUGAAGAAGGUGCAUAUGAAAUCAGUUGUCCUGAUGCACAAUGCGAGCAUGGAGCAAUACUUUCUAUAAAGGAAAUAGCAAGCCUUGUUACCCCUGAACUUAUGGAAAAACAUCAUAAAUUUCGAUUAAAUAGAGAUGUAUCUAUGGAUAAAGCACGUGCCUGGUGCCCACGUGCUGGUUGUGAAACAAUAUGUCCAAUAAAUGCUGCUGGUUCAAAUGGAACUGCUGUUGGACCUGUUCAUUGUCCUAAUUGCUCUAUAGAUUUUUGUUCUAUAUGUAGAGAGUCUUGGCAUAGUGGUCCCUGUUCCGAUCUUUCAUUAGGUAUACCAUUUGAUGGUGACCAUAUAAAAUGCUGUCCUAUGUGUUCUGUACCUAUUGAAAAAGAUGAAGGAUGUGCUCAAAUGAUGUGCAAGAGGUGUAAACAUGUUUUUUGCUGGUAUUGUUUAGCUUCUUUAGAUGAUGACUUUUUAUUGCGACAUUACGACAAAGGACCAUGUAAAAAUAAAUUGGGUCAUUCGCGUGCGUCGGUCAUUUGGCACAGAACACAAGUCAUUGGAAUUUUUGCUGGAUUUGGGUUACUCUUGCUUAUCGCAUCGCCGUUACUUUUAUUGGCUGCGCCUUGUAUUGUCGGUUGUAAAUGUCGUGUUUGUGGUUCUUCUAGACUUGAACAGGAAGAAGGCGAUACUGCAACAUAGGAACUCUAAAAAUUUUUCAAUAUCUCCAGUUGUUUCUAUUCAGUAUGAUAAAUAAUUAAAUUAUAUUAUUAAAUAUAUGGAUAUUAUUGGCGACUUAUAUAGAUAUACAUUGAAUCUAAAAGUGCUAUAAUAUUUCUUAAUGUUAAACACAUUUUUUAAAUGUUUUUACUUUUUGUGAAAGGGGUUAAUAUUUUCUUUUUGUACUAUCUAAGAAUAUUACUUUUUACGAAGGGGUACUUUGACUCUGUUAUCUUUGAAUUCACAGAAAUAUUUUCAUGUAGUUGUAAAUAUUUACAGCAUGAUCGUUCUUUAAGUAAGAAACUUAUAAAAGUUUACUGAAAGUUACUUAAUAUUUCAUUGUUUUUCAACAGUUAUUAAGUUACAUUUUGAAAGGUAAUAAUGAUAUUUUAUUUUUCUUACAUUUAAACACGUUCGAUUAUUCAAAUCAUAAAUAUUCACGAACUUUACAUAGAACAUUCCAGAAAUUUAUAUUUAUAUUUGUACUGCCAUAUCUGAAAAAUCAUUUUUUACCAAAUGAUAAUUUUUUUUUUAAUACUUACGUGAUUUGCUUUCAAUAUAAUUUUGUAACAAUUGUUAGGAAUACUCAGCAUUAUUUUCAUGUACUUUUAAUGUUCUUUUAUUCUAUGUCUAACUUAAGAAUUUUGCAAGUACACGCAAGUACAGGCAUAAACGAAUAACUGAACAAUGUAUAUCUAUAUGUAUGUCUGUUCUGAAACCGCAAAGCAGAAGCAUAAUUUCAACGAACUAUUAUUGACUAUUGGUUGCGUAGCACAACUUGUUCGUAAUAAUUUCUUUGUGAGUGUUUUUUCUAUUAGAUUGCAGAAUUAAUUACAUGUAUAUUACAUGUACAUUACCAUAGAUACAUAUAAAUAAUUAAGUAGACUAUAAGUUCUACAAUAUCCACGAUAAAUGUAAAAUUUAGAAUACUUGUAAAUUCCAUUCUUAAUAGAUAUUUAAUAUAUUUACUAUUAAUGAUAUACUUAUUAUAAAUACGAUUUUUUGAUUUAAAAGAACAUUGCUCUGUACAUGUUGUAAUGUUAUCGAAAUUCAACUUUUCGAAUUCAUAAUAGGCUGUAGACCAAGAAUAGCGGAAAAGCAGUAUGUUACAAUGUAUACUGAAUAAAAUUACAUAAUUAUACUGCAAUCCAUUAAUUAUUAAAUAUACUGUAAACCAUUUUCUGAUGAUAAUCAUAGCAUGCUAUGUUAAAUUAAGUGUAUGUUUCUAUCGGAAAUGAACGAAAAAUGUAGGCUUUACAUAAACUAAAAUAGUAUUUGACAUUAUGGUGUAAAACUAUUUUUUUUUUGUUAAUUAUAUGCAACGCGUACACACACGUAAUUACAGUUAUGUAAUAAAGGUGCAUUUUUCAUAAUUCAUUCACAAUACAGCAGGAAAUGGAAAAUCAAAUAAGUUCUGUAAAACAUGCAAGUUUUUGAACAAGGUGUAUAAAUCAUAUAUAAACAUAUGCAUACACAUAAAUAUACGUACACCAUAUGUAUGUAUGUAUAUUUACACAGAAAUGCAUAUGUAUAUAUCAAACUUAUUUUUGGAUUAUACAAACAACGUGUGUAUGUAAAUAAUUGUAAUUGUUUAAUGCAUAUAUCAUGUAAUUUAAAAAUGACAAGCUAAAAAUUAUGUUAGAAAAUUGAAUUAGCAAGUUAUUUGCUAUUGUCUAAUUGUGUGUACCAUAAAAUUAGUAAUAGAUCUGCAAGUAAUUAAUAUUACAGAUAUGUUACUUUAUAAUUCGAGUUCAUUAUGUCUGCACUUGUUCUGCAAAAUUUUUUGAACAUUUCGAAUAUGAUUAGAUCAUAUGCUAUAUAAACACAAGCAAUUAUUUAUUUAAUGUUAAAAAGAAUAUGAAUACAAAUAUUUGAGUCAUAUAUAAAAUUCUAAUAUAUCUAAUUCUGUUAUGUGAAACAUAGUUCUGUUAUUUGUACAUAAAUAAUAAUUGAUAAACGAUAAAAUAUUACUCGUUUCCCCCUCAUUAACGAAUAAAAUUUUAGCGGUGGAAGUUGAAAGAUUACACUUAGGAGAGAAAUGUAAAAGUACAAUUUUCUGCUAUAAAAUUGCGUAAUAGUCUUGUAAAUGUACUUUCGUAAUGACACAACUAAUUAAAAGGUAGUUAUCUGGUUGAUGGUAUAACUUUUUAAAAAAUACGAUAAUGGUGUAUUUUAUCGCACUGGCAAUGAUAAGAAUAUAUGGAUUUCGUAAAGUUUUAUUCAAUAAAUAUAUUCUUUCCUUUUCAGUAAUGUAUCUUUAAGCAGUACAACAACAGUUUUGAUUCUCGAAAUUAUUAGGGAUUUAGAAAAUGAGGAUAUUUUUGAUAAUGACAUCGAUGUUUAUUACACAAUAACCCAUUUAUUACUUUUCUAAUACAAUAAUUCUUCGUAAGAAAACUCAUAACUUGAUUGGGUUAGAAUUGUUUGGAAUGAAAAGAUUUGCGUCAUUAAGGUGCAUUAGAUUACUCGCAGAAUUCGGAGCAACAACAAGUUUCCACUCGAUAAGGAGUUUCAUAAGGUUGUACACACUUCGUUAAUUCUUUGGUUAUUUAAUGCAUCUUAUUUGCUAAUCUUAAUGGACCAUCGGUAAAUCAAGAGAUGGAGCACACUUUAUGGAUUACACGAUGAUAGUUCUGUAGUCCUACUAAGAAGCUGUGAUAGACUUUAGAUUUAUGUUCAAAUACGUUGCUAGUUGAGAAAAAGUGGAGAUAACAAUCAGUAAUCUAAGUCUAUGUAUUAUAAUACAUUAUUAGGUUCAUUGUAAAAUAGUUAGUGUCAAAAGAAUAUAGUUAAUAAAUUGAAUAAAAAUAAUUAAACAUAACUACGAUCGAUAAAUGGAUUACUUAAUUAAACCCUUGGCUUUAAAUAAGUCUCUCAUCAAGCCUUUUAAGUACCCAAUCUCUCGCUGCAAGUCUUUCACUUGAUUUUUCAAUUUCUCAUUAUGAUCCGCGAGUUCGCGUUCUUCUCCCAAUAUCUCUUUUAUUUCUUGUUUUUUCUUUUGUCUAUAACGUGUCGCCGCGUUUUUAUUUUGCUCCUUUUUCCGCACCUUUUUGUCUUCCAAGGACGGACGGGAGUAAGGUUUUUGACGACUUCGCGAUGAACCGCUUGUUGAUUGUUUUGUACAUUUUCUUGUAGAUUCGAAAAUCCAAUCUGGAUCGUCUACAGAAUCUUCCGAUGAUGUGUAACUACCACCUGAACUGGUGCAUGGACUAGAUGGUGGGAUAUCCUCGGUUUGUAAUCGUACAUAUUCAUCCACCACAGCUAAGUCAUGCGCAACGUCUGUAUUUAAAGGAUCUAAUGCUAUAUUUUUUGGAUUCCAUUGCACAGGUACUUCGUUAGUAUAUGUUUUUUCUUCAGGUAUUACCACAUCAUACAUGGAUUGAUGAUUCGAGUAUAACGGUUGUACAGGUUGUAAAGUAAUGAGUAAUUGAGUAUCCACAUUUAAUGGUUUAUGCGGCGGCGGUGGCGGCGGCGGCGGCGGUGAUUGAGGUGGUGUGAGCGUAGAACUCGAUGUAGGGACUAUUUGAUGGCAAGCUUCCACAUCUCCUAGAACUGUCUCAAACUCUUGCAGUAGUGUUUGGGUAUCGUCUUGCUGAUGUAUCUUUGAAACUUCAUUAUAUGGGGUUGGUUUAAGAUGUCCAUUUUCAGGAACCGGUAAUUCCUCAAAAAUAGGUAAUUCUAUCUUUUCUUCCAACCAAUCCGAAAAAGGUUCUGUAAGGGAAAAAAAUGUUUAAUAAAAAUACAAACUGCUAUCUUUAAUCCUUAAAGUUAAAAAAAGCAUACAUAAU